UUGAUAGAUCUUUCUUUCAUUUUUAAAAAAUCGUGACUUCGCUUUAGAGAAAAACUUUCUAUAUGUUUUUCGUAGAGUUGAGUGAGAUUUACAACGAAAAAAAGUUUGAAUCCAAAAUGUUCAUUAUUAAAAGAGCUACGAAUUUUUAAAGAUUAUGCAACAUUUUUGCUUCGGAAUUAAUUGUUACAAGGUUUCUCGUAAAGAAAUUUACGACUCGCUUGUCUUAUCAUCUUGGCUUGUUUCGUACAGAGAUCUAAUUAAAUAUUACAAAUAUAAAUCGUGAAUCUGGAGCGGUCGAUAUACGAUAAGAGAUCAUGCUCGAAAUUAAUUUAGAACUUUCGAACUAUAACAAACAUACUACUUAAAAUGUAAUCGGCACGUUGAUUAACGCGAUAAGUUUAUUGGCAUUAGUCUUGUUCGAUUUCGAUCGGUUUAAUCAAAGACUGUAUCUGACGCGAUAUAUGUGAUAAUUUUAUUCGUGGUUCAGCGUGUCAUUUGUUUCUAUAUAUGUAUGUACCUAAUGUAGAAGAACGUUGCAUUUGCUAAAUCUUUACUUUAUGAUCCCAUUGUCCCGGUAAAAAUAAAUCAUGAAAGUCCUAAAGUUUUUAUCUUCUCGAUCUGUAUGCACAGGAAGCAUUUUUCGAAACAGAUCAACCGAACAGACCGAUCCAGUAGCUAAAUCUACCACAGCUAAGCGAACGACUGUAGAUCUCGCAACGAUAGAGCAUCAUUCUAAAUUAAGUAGCAAAUGGUGGGACACCAAUGGCGAAAUGCGUGCCUUGCAUGCAUUGAAUCCUCUCAGAGUGCAAUUUGUACGAGACGGUUUAGCGAAUACAGGAGUAACGGCUGAUACUCUGCAUCUACCUUUACAAGGGACUAAAAUCUUGGAUGUUGGUUGCGGAGGGGGAUUGUUGGCGGAGCCUCUAGCUAGGAUAGGAGCAGAGGUAACUGGAAUCGAUGCGUCUUCAGAGUUGAUAUCGACUGCAAAGCAACAUGCAACGUUAGACACCAGUUUAGAUGGAAGGUUGGAUUACAUCGAAACGGUCAUCGAGGAUUUUUGUCAGGAUAAUAAGCAGAAAUACAAUGCUGUGGUAGCUUCAGAAGUUUUGGAGCACGUUAACGACAAGGAAUUAUUUCUAAAGUGUUGCGUAGAGACUCUGAAACCUGGUGGUUCGAUAUUUCUCACAACGUUGAACAAAACGUUGCCUUCUUGGUUCGGAGGCAUCAUCGCAGCCGAGCAUGUUUUAAAAUUGCUACCGACAGGCACUCACGAUUGGAAUAAAUUCAUUACUCCAGCUGAAAUUCAACGGUUACUCGAAACAUGUGGUUGUAAAACGAAGUUAAUUCAUGGGAUGUUCUAUAAUCCUUUGAAAAACGAAUGGUUCUGGGUAACAUCGACUGCGAUAAAUUAUGCAAUUCAUGCAGUCAAGAGAAAAGACGAGCAAUAAUUUACAUUAUUUAUACGAUGAUAUUAACACUGGAACUCGAAUAUUUUUAUUAAAAUUACUUUAUAAUGGUUGUUUUUUUUUGUUUUGUAGAAAGUACUGUAAUAAAUAACGUAAGAAAUCUCUAUA